GUUACGGGCUCUUGGCUAUCAUUCGCCAUGCAGAAGUCAUUCAUCCUUGCCGUCGUGGUCGUCGCCUGUGUCGGAGCCAGCUUCGCACAGGUGACGUGUUCUGAUCAUUGCCUAGACCUGGCAGAAAAGGCUAAUUUUGCGCUAGACCCCUAUUCGUACGAAGACCUAAUUGACGAAUUUCACGGAGAUGGCUGCGACGACCGUUGCCUACUGUAUCAACUGACAUCGACCGUAACUCCUUCAACUGAGGACGAAAGUGCAGAAGAAGACGGUGGAUCGGCUCGCAUUAGAGGGAGAUCCCACUCACGUGGGGCGACUGCGUCCCACGCUAGACUCGCCGCUCUUCAUCACCGCCGUAAUCACCAGUAGAAGCAUCAACUUGGGUCAAAAACUCGAGUAACAACAGCACCAUGUAUGGAAAUAAACUGCACAACAAUUAAAGAAUUUGGGCUAA